AUGGCGGUGGACGCGGAAAAUGAAAGCGGGUUUGGUCUCGUCUAUGCUGGUACGACGGUGUUUUCGCCGCUUCAUCACUUCGCACAAGUUCUAACGUGGCCAGGAACCGAUAUUCAAUCUAACAACGAAGUUGCCAUCAAACUUGCGCAUGUCAACACCGACCCCGAAAUUUUAAAAGCCGAGGCAGACACCUACCAGGUGCUUUCUGGGGGCGUCGGAAUACCGCGAGUUCGGUGGUUUGGCCAAGAAUGCGACUACUAUGCCCUGGUCCAUGACCUUCUUGGACCAUCCCUCGAGGAUCUCUUCAACUAUUGCGACCGGCAAUUCUCGGUCAAGACGGUCCUCCUCAUAGCCGACCAGGCUAUUUCUCGAAUCCAAUACAUUCACGACAAGGGGUUCCUGCAUCGUGAUAUCAAACCAGAUAAUUUUCUGAUGGGAACUGGGACCAAAGGAAACUUAUUAUACACUAUUGACUUCGGUUUGGCCAAGGAGUUCUGCAAUGCUGAGCGUUUCCAGACUAUGCAAGGCCGCCCGUUUGGUGGCACUCAGCGAUACGCGAGUCUUAACAAUCACAAUGGACGAGAACAGUCCUGGGGGGAUGACUUGGAGUCGCUGGGCUAUGUAUUGCUGUAUUUCGCCCGUGGUUCGCUGCCUUGGCAGGGACUCAAAGCAGCUACUGAGGGACAAAAGGAUGAGCUGAUUAAGCGGAAAAAGCUAACUUUAUCGGUGACAAAGCUUUGCGAGGGCCUUCCCGGGGAGUUUGCGACAUAUGUUAGCUACACUCGGUCAUUGGGAUUCAAGGACAGACCCGAUUACGCUUACCUACGCCGAUUGUUCCGCCACGCCUUCUCAACUCGUGGAUUCAAGUACGAUAACAUAUUCGAUUGGACGGAGAAGCGUUUUAUUGAGAUGCAAUGCGUUAGAACUGAAUGA